AACCACGUCCCGCACAUGCUUCCAUGACGGAUGCGUCCGACCCUACGUCUCCUAACUGACCUCGCGGCUCGCCGUCGGACGUCGGGGACCUCUCUGUCGCCGAUGGCCGGAAGGCCUCACCGCGCCGGAGCAAGCCAAAUGCCGGGGUUGUGCAUCCGUCUUUUCCGCCUCCAUCUCAACUUUGGCUCUCUCGCAUAACCGCCAUGGCCACCAUCUCCGCAGUGGCCGCACACCACGCUAUGCCACCACACCUAUGCUUCUCGUCACCCGUGCACCGGCAUACAAUGCCCAGCGCGAGCUUCUCGCUGCCCGCCUCUGCUCACAUUGUCCGAGCGCGAUCUGGUGUUUUCCCCCCUCCCUGGACACGCGGUGGAACUCGGCAGGCAGAGGAGCUAGCGCACCACCAGACCGAGGGGACAAUGGUGCAAAUUCUCUCAACGGCCGUGCGGUGGCUCGAGCGGGGGCUUGGGAGCGCACGGUCGUUAGGGCCACAACUGUGAUGGCGCGCGAUGGCCAGCGAGAGCGGCUGACCACACUCUCACCUCACCGCGGGCCAAGCUUGAACUGAGGCACCUCCUUACGUCCCCUCUCAUCCCCCAUCUUACUGCUCCUCACUU